CCCUGAUCCAUCGCUGAACACUCCACAUUAGCCUGGCGGGGUCAAGUCCAUAUAUAAAACAAUUUCUAUUCACUUUUCCACAUUGUGGUACUCUCGAUUUUAUCGACCCCUGACAGGUAAAUUGAACUCGCCACCUGAGCACAUUGCCUGUUUGCUCAUGUCAGAGAUAUAAGAAGAAGAAAAUAGCUAUAGUAAUAUAAUGGAUAACAUAAUAAAAAUAAUAACGGUUGUUUAAUUAUUAUUUUUAUAAACUCAGAGUGAGCGACGAAGGCCUUGUUUCGAGACGACAAGAGCUAUGAAAGACGCACACGCAUACAGACACGUGUGUGUGUGUGAUGGCCAAGCUGAGCUAAAAUAUUCACCAACAGGGGGCCAACCUCGCAGACAUUCAGCCUUUCUCCCGAGCCUCGUGGAAUUAUAAAAAGUCAUAUUUCUCCAACAACUAUAAAUUGCUUGGGCAAUAGAGGAGCGCGUAUAAACGUGUGUGUGUGUUCGCGUGCGCGGUACUGCGUGUGCAUUGUAUACUGCUCGCCAGUAAGUAGCGUGCAUUAUGGAAUAAGUGAGUGAAUGAAGGGGAUAGUUUGCUUAUUUUUCAUUAUUUAUUUCACGAUGCGCUUUGCAAUCCCUUAAACUCCGCCCUAACACGCCAUCCUCUCUCCUCCCUCCUUCCCCCUCUCCCUCCCUUUUCUCUCUUAUUCUCUCCAACCAUACCAUCCCAUCUCACCCCGACACCACCACCCACUCAACCCCCCCCCGCCUCAUCAUCCAUCUCAGACAGCGGCGCCUGCCUUCAUUCCCCAUCCUUUCGCUCGCAUUCCGAUAAAAGCGACCCGGCGCUAGGCGCGAGGUGUCCUGCUAUAUCGUGAUCGCGCACGCACACUAUCGUCUCCCACACACAGUCGCAUACACACACACAUGUGCGCGCACAUUCAAUUGACAGACGGGACGCACGCAUGUGUAAUAGUGAUGAUGAUCGUUAUUAGUCGUUGUGCUCCGAUCAGCACCUUGGAGAGCGGCGCCUUUUGAGCGCAGCAUCGCAGCCGUUUCGCCUUCCGCGCGUGCUUCGGUUGGUGUUGUUCUCUUGUUGGACCGAGGCGCUGCAAACACGGACGGUGGCGGUCCGUGGAGUGGACAGAGAGCAGCGCGGGCAAGGAUCAGACUCCAACGGAGCCAAGGUGGAGUGAGUGGCGGCGACGAAACGAGAGGGAGCCGCGGCACAGAGACGGGAGACGUCGCAAGGCAGGCGGCGAGAGGCGCGACGGCACGGAGAGGGGAGGUGGUCGGAGGCGAAUCAGAAGACGCAGAGAGCCGAGAGAAGAAGGGAAACGCAGGAAGAAUUCUGCGAAAGAAUCUGCCCGCACUCAAGGAUUGAGAUCGAGUUUCAUCCAACACUUGUUUCGCAAUUAGCGCAGCGGCAGCGGCAGCCCCUCGGCUCUUCUCGCUUUCCGAGCUGCGAUCGAGGGUCGCUCGCCAAGCACAGAGAGAGAGAGAGAGAUGGGACACUAGUGUCGCAAAGCACAUAGCCUUGCUCUCCUUUCUGCAGGAGGAUCUCUCGCUUCCUCUCUCUCUCUCGCUCUCUCGCUCUCUCGUCCGCACGGGGUCUGUGCGCCGAUCACGCCACCCCCACACAACGACUCCAAGCCGCGCUCCCGUCCAAGUCUCGCCUCGCCCCCGCGUGUCACCGGGUCCCGUCUGGUUACUGCUGCUGCCGCUGCUCCUGCCGCUCGCUGCUAGCGCCAUGCUCUGUGGAGAGCGAGUGGCCCCGUGGGCGGCCGCCGGCCUCUUGUACCUCGCCUCCCUGAGUCUCCUCGCGGUCGCCGUCCUUUGCCAAGGGGCGCUCGCCCACGCCGGCGGCGGCGGAGUGACGGCCCAUCAACAGCGGCACGUCCGGGCAGUUCCGGACACGUGCGAGGUCAUCGCGGCACGACGCUGCUGCAACAAGAACAAGAUCGAGGAGCGAUCGCAGACCGUCAAGUGCUCCUGCCUGCCGGGCAAGGUGGCCGGCACCACGCGCGCUCAGCCCUCCUGCGUCGACGCGUCGAUAGUCGUGGGCAAGUGGUGGUGCGAGAUGGAUCCGUGUUUGGAAGGCGAGGAGUGCAAGACUCUUCCGGACAACUCUGGCUGGAUGUGCAUAGCUGGAAACAAAGUCAAGACGACACGGUUUUCCGGGUCCUGAUCUUUGGAGAAUUAACCACCCUUGUCUGCACGGUGAUCAACAACAACAAGAACAGCAGCAGCAACACAUUGUCGCGGAUGGUAAAAUCAUCACGGGGGGGGGGGGGGGGAGAAUUCAAGCACAAUAUACAGCGCGCCAAUUAAAUAAUAACAAUAUAGGAUGUAUAUAACCGCGUGGUGAAAUAAUGAAAUUAUCACUCACUCCGGCAUGGGCGACGUCGGCUCUUGGCACAUCGAGAGCCGACACAGCAGCAGCAGCAGCAAUAAGUAGCAGAGCAGUAGCAGGAGUCGCGUUCACGGCCCGGACAGCAACACAAUUCAGAAGCAGCAGCAAUGUCGGAAAUCAGUAACAAGUCAUCAGCAACAUUAGCGCGAGUGGUAGCAUCGAACUUGGCAACAACGGUAGCAGCAGCAGCAACAGCAACAACAUUGACAUGAGCAGCAGAAUCAUCAUCAUCAUUAACUACUGUACAGAAGCAGAACCAUCGACAGCAGCAACGGUGAUCAACUACGUAAGUCGUGACAGCAACAUCAAUGAGCAACAGCAUCAGAAGCAACAGCGCAAUCAUGGAAAGGGAGCGGCAACUAUGGAAGAAGCAACGAUGACAGCACCAGCGUGCCACUGCGAUAGCUGCAACGAAACGCACGCGGAUUUAACAAACAACAACGACAACGACAAAAAUAUCGAAGAACCCUUUUAAGUCGAUGGGAGGGAAAGAUCGCGAUUAAUUGCGUAAAAUAAAAUCCGCGUGGCCGGGGAGGCCGGAGUCUCGUGCCGUCGAAUCCGCGGAGAUGCCGUGGCACCUGCACGCACCCUCAGACGUUCUCCGAGCGCAGUUUGGUUUUCUCGUUUCCAGUUUCUCUGCGACGACGGAUUACGGAACGGGGGGUGGGGUUGUGGUGGUGGUGGUGGUGGGUGGGAGGCGCCGUGGGGGGGGGGGGGCACCGUCCCUCCGAGUCCUCCCACAACACCACCGGCUAACCCAAAACUCAACCGAGGUGCGGGCGCGUUUGGUGCGACCCGAAGACUGGGCAGGGCUGGCCUCGUGCUCUCCGAGCCGCCCGCCGCCGGGCCCGACCCGAAAACUCUGCGCGGUUUGAGCAGCAAAAACGGUCCGCGGGUUUGUCUUGGUUGCGUUACACAUUCCGUUUAACUGUGCGAGUACAAUUUCACCGGUUUUAUAUCCCGACAGAAUGGAAUGGGACAGGCGGCGGGAUGCUUGCGAACGAACCCCCCCCCCCCCCCCCCGCCGCCCCCCCCCGCCCCAUCCUUGCUGCGUAUUCUCAACAACAACAACAACAACAAAAAAACAACACAAAAUUUUCGAGUCUCGUUUAAAUAUUGUUAUAAUUGGGGUGACAAUUUCACUCUUUAUUUAUUCCCAUCGGUGUAAAUAUCUGCAAAGAGAAGGACGAGCAAACCCUUUAAGAUGGAGUUAUGAGACAUAACCUAUUUCUGUUUUAUGUUUACUCUCCGUAGCCUGUAUACGACACGCGUAGGGUAAAGAGUGAUUUUGUGCAAAUGACAUCAGUCUUUGGAGGGGUUUUUUUUUAGUUGGAUGGUUUAUUUUUUAAUAUGCGUCAACUUGUUCCAAAUGAGCGAAGCGAAAAGGGGUUGAAUGUUUUACAAAUGUGUGGAUGAUGUGAGUUGUAUAAAAAAAACACACAAGCAAGGCUUUUAAAGCUACUGCCGUCGUUAUUUUUGCCAACAGUUUUUUUUUGGUUUCACCUUUUUUCAUUUUCCCCUUCAUUUAAAAUUGCGCAAGAUGUCAAAUUCGCUUUUCAAAAAAAUGUAUCACUUGGCGAUCACCGAAUCGUUUAAAUUUCACGGAAGAUGCGAUCACAGCAAAGAACAGCAACUGAAAAUAACAAAGAGUUCCAAGCACAUUGUUCGAUAAAAAAAAUGUAUAUUAUUUUAUCGUCAUUGAUUUAUUUCUGUUGGUUUAAAUGUACUUUUCAAGACCGCCGUAACCUUGAGAGUAUGGCUGUAAUGUAACAUAUGAGAGUUUUUUCAGGCUGUGUGGUGACUCAAAUUAACGUAUUGUUACACACACUUCCACAGGAGUCUCAUUAACCAUGCCAAGCUUCUGUGUAAAGCCCUCUCUCAAUGACCAAAGUAUCUCGCGUGUCUCACCUCCUUCUCAGAGUUUUGCGAUGUUAUUUGGGAAACUUAAGACGAAAAAAAGAGUCCGUUUCAUGCUUAGACAGAAGGGUAAUUCGAACUAAUAAUUUUAAAAGAAAAAAAAGUUCAAAUUGCUGAUACUUUUUUUUUUACAGAUUCUACAAAUUUCUCACCGAUUUUGGUGGAUCAACGUGUUUUUGGUGAACACAUUACACCGGCAGACAGGCUCCCGAUGAAAGAAAAUUGUGCGCUUGCAAUGCAUUACCUGAAUGUUUAUGGAGUGUGUGUGUGUCGACAUUUGUGUGAAUCGUUGGCAGUGCUGCAUCAUUUAAAACUACGCGAGCAAAAUUACGUCAUGGGAAAACAAUACCUUUACCUAUUGGCAAUGAAUGAGCAUUAGGAGGCCUAAAUCAUCUUUAAUUAGUAACAAGUAAAAUCGGGUAUUUGACCUACUCUUCCACGCUGUUUAGACAUCUCGGAAGGAAGUCCGAGUACCCGCACUCUACCGCACCACAGACGAUGCUGCCGAUUGGCUAACUGUGGUGGCACCUAUUUUCCGCACCUCCGAUUAGCACGCUUGGCUACGUACGGUGCAGGAUUUAAAUAGCACUUGUGCCGUUAUUUUUACUGCCACACCAGGAGAUUUAAUCAACAUCGGUGACCACUGGAUUGCAAGUCCAGCGAGCUGACCGUUACACCACGGUAACAUCCUCACGCGUUUAUCAGAAUACGUUUGAAAUGGACCAGCCAAUGAGGCCAGACAACAAAGCGGCUGGGUUUCAUGGGACAAACCACUCCGAGCUCACACGUCUCGAAAUCUCACGCCCGAAAGUAAUUGUGUUUAUUCCCCAUAAUGGUUGAAAUUGCUUUAAUACAUCCAAGCUAAACUGCACAAUGACACGUCCACUUAUUUGUAUUAAAAUAAAUUACUUAUUAAAUGGCAUAAAAUUGGGGAGGGUUUUUUUUUUCACGUGGCUUUACAAUAAUUGGUGAACGAAAUAAAAUAAAAUAGGACCGGUGUACACAGUGAGCAAUGGAAUCUCAAGUCGCAUUCAAAUAAAUGCGGGCCACACACCUCACAAAAAAUAUUGUUGUAGUCCCAUUUGAGUCUUCCUUACCAAAGUUUUCCCCAUCACCAUUUAUUCAAAAGGUCACACCCCUUGUUUUUAAAUAGUAUUUGUGGCUCGUUUUAAAUCACGAAACAAUACGAUUUUGAAAGUGAACACGCCAGUGCUUUAAAAGGUGAAGCCCUUCAAAUUAUUGCUCAUGCCGCUGCUGGUGAAAGGGCCUCCAUGGGAGUAAUCUUUAGACGGUAUUUGGCCCACUCUGACCCACACUGAUCACGUCUUGUAAGAGGUGAGAGUACUCACACUUUUCCCCAUCGCCACCACCACCAUAUGGGAUCUGCUGAUCAAACUGUGGUGAAACCAUUCAUACUCGUGGUUGGAGACAUUGUUUCACCUGCCAUCCCCCGGUGAGACGGAACCGGCCAACUCUAGAGAAUGCAAUCACGUGUGUCGGCCAGCACAGUGGCACUACAAUGGUAGAAAGGUCAUCAAACACACACACAAUACUGCAUCGCAUGAUAAUUAUACAGAAAGCCUCGGAGGCUUUUAUUUCUUCAUAUUAUUUGUACGGGAACGGAAAACGGAAGUGCCCAGAAUAUGUGAAGCAUUUAAGAGUGGAGGACGUUCAAAAUUUCACACAGAUUGCCCGUCAGAAACCGUAUUGACAAAAGGGGCGACCGAUCGUAGCAUGAAUAUUUUUAAAACAAUGGUUUCAUAACAGAGUGGGCAACUAUUGUUGUUAAACCACCACAUCACCGGUAAAAAAUACGUCUCUGUACACUGCACUGCUCGACUUUGAAAUUAUCUCCAAUCAUCGUCUCUCAUCCAAGUUAUCGUAGCCUUGUUCAAGUCAAGAAACGUGUUACACUCUUAUCGAAUAUAACUUUGAUCGUGCUGGAUCAUUUCUAUUUGGGGGGGG